AAACAGUUCUAACCUUCUCACUUUUGUAAACGUCAAUCAGUGUUUAUUUUUGCGGAUAUCAUUGUUUAUCAGGUGAAAAGAACGAAGUUAGAGUGAGAGAAGACAUAGAGAGAGAGCACAAACUAAAAAAUUAUCAAAAAAUGCGAUUUAGAUUUCUCGGCGAUGGUGACUGUCCAGAUUGGUUACUGGCGGAAAUCAACACACUUUCGCGAAUGACUUCAAUUAAAAUGAAAAUGCUAGGUCAAGCAGUGGCUAAAUAUUUGACCGAAGGAGAACUUGAUGAAGAAAAAGUUAAAAAAAUUACACAAGACGCUAAACUUGAUGUAAGUGAUGCGAAGGCAAUGGUAGCCGCCCUCGAAUUGAUAUUCACAUCUUCCGCCCGAUAUGGCGUUUCCGCUGCUGAUUUGAGCAGCGAACUGCAACAAUUGGGACUUCCGCGAGAACACAGUACAGCUGUAGCAAGGCUUCACACAGAUCAUUGUCCUCAGAUCACGGCUGUUCUUUCAUCUCAGUCUUUGAGAGUUAGUCGUUUGUCCUCCAUCGAAGUAUUACCUUGCGAUAGCUCGUCGCCUGUUUCUGCUGUGACAUUGAAAUUGAAAAAAAUAGAUGGAAAAGAGGAAGACUCCACUAUAAAUAUCUCCAAAGAUGAUGUGCAAGUUUUAUUGAAAGAAUUGAAAAGAGCACGGGCGCUAAUGGAAAAUUUGUGAAUAUUAAAUAAUAAAUAAAAUAAUAAUAAAG